CGGGGCGGCCAUUUUCGCUGCCGGCGCCGUCCCGCCGCCCGCCCGCCCUCACACCGCGCCCUGAGGCGAUUUUAACCGAUCCGGCCGUUUUUCAACCCAUUCCCCGCCGCCCCCCCCUCCGCGGCCCCACCGGGCCCGGCCCGGGGGGGGUCUCCCCGUUUUUCAUCCCCCCCCUCCUCAAUUUUGCCCUCACAACCGAGCCCCCACCUCGGCGGCGGGGGCGGUUUGGGGGCGGUGGGAGCGGCGCACGCCGAGGGUCCCCUCGGCCCCCCGCCCCUCACCCCGCCAUGGCGUCCCCGCUGAGGGAGGACGAGGAGGAGGAGGAGGAGAUGGCGGUGUCCGAGGGGGAUGAGGAGGACGACGAUGAGGAGGACGACGAGGAAGAGGAGGAGGAAGACGCCGCCGCCGCCGCUGCCGCCGCAGCCGCCGCCGCCGCCGCGCUUUUGGCCGGGCACAGAGGGGCUCCCGACAUCUUCGCCGGGCCGGCCCCGGCCCCGCUGCCGCCGCCGCCGCCGCCGCCGCCAGCGCCCGCCGCGCCCGGACCGCCGGAGGCGCCCGCAGACGGUGACGAGGAGCUGUUGCGGGGUCUCGAGGGGUCCCUGGGGGUGAAGAAGAAGAAAAGGGGUCCCCGGAAACAGAAGGAAAACAAACCCGGAAAACCCCGGAAACGGAAAAAACUGGUGAGCGAGGAUGAGCUGGAGUCGGAGAGGGACGAGUACCCCCGCGAGGAGUACCGGGAGAAGUCGGAGAGCGGCGGCUCCGACUCGGGCGGGACCGGCCGGAAGCGGCGGCGGAAGCACCGAGAGAAGAAGGAGAAGAAAACCAAGAGGAGGAAAAAAACCGACGAGGACGGGGGGCAGAAGGUGAAGGCGGUGGAGCAGAAAUCCUCGGCGCAGCUCCUGGGGGCCUGGGGGCUGGAGGACGUGGACCACGUGUUCACCGAGGAGGAUUAUCACACCCUCACCAACUACAAAGCCUUCAGCCAGUUCAUGAGGUGGGGUCCCGGGCACAAGAAGCGCAGUAAGAGCCCGCGGGUGCCCGAGCUGAAGAGGAAGAUGAAGGGCAGGAAGAUGGCGCCGCUCAAAAUCAAACUGGGGGUGCUGGGGGGAAAGCGCAAGAAAAGCAGCUCGAGCGAGGACGCGGGCGAGGCCGAGGAGGAGUCGGAGGCCGAGAGCCCCGGGGGGGUUUUGGGGGCCGCCCCCCGGCCCGACCCCGGCACGCGCCUCAAGAAGCUCAAACGGGGCCGCCCCGGGCGCAAGAAGAAGAAGGGCCCGGGUCCCGAGGAGGAGGGCGAUGGCUACGAGACCGACCACCAGGACUACUGCGAGGUGUGCCAGCAGGGCGGGGAGAUCAUCCUGUGUGACACCUGUCCCCGCGCCUACCACCUGGUGUGCCUGGACCCCGAGCUGGACCGCGCGCCCGAGGGCCGCUGGAGCUGCCCCCACUGCGAGAAGGAAGGCGUGCAGUGGGAGGCCAAGGAGGAGGAGGAGGAGGAGGAAGAGGAGGAGGAGGAGGGUGAGAAGGAGGAGGAAGACGACCACAUGGAAUACUGCCGGGUGUGCAAGGACGGCGGGGAGCUGCUGUGCUGCGACGCCUGCGUGUCCUCGUACCACAUCCACUGCCUCAACCCGCCCCUGCCCGAGGUCCCCAACGGGGAGUGGCUGUGUCUGGAGAUCUUCCACCUGGUGAUGUACCGGAACUACCAGCGGAAGAACGACAUGGACGAGCCCCCUCCCCUGGAUUACGGCUCCGGGGACGACGACCCCAAGAGCGAGAAGCGGGGGGCCGGGGGGGACCCCCUUUUCGGGGGGAUGGAGGAGCGCUUCUACCGCUACGGCAUCAAACCCGAGUGGAUGACGGUGCACCGCAUCAUCAACCACAGCGUGGACCGCAAGGGCCAGUACCAUUACCUGGUCAAGUGGCGGGACCUGCCCUACGACCAGGCCACCUGGGAGGAGGACGAGAUGCCCAUCCCCGACUACGACCUGCACAAGCUGGCAUACUGGAAACACCGUACGAGACGCAGCCGAGGUUCAUCACGGCCACGGGGGCCCACGGUGAAGUACGAGACGCAGCCGAGGUUCAUCACGGCCACGGGGGGCACGCUGCACCUGUACCAGCUGGAGGGGCUGAACUGGCUGCGCUUCUCGUGGGCGCAGAGCACCGACACCAUCCUGGCCGACGAGAUGGGGCUGGGCAAAACCAUCCAGACCAUCGUGUUCCUCUACUCCUUGUACAAGGAGGGCCACACCAAGGGCCCGUUCCUCGUCAGCGCGCCGCUCUCCACCAUCAUCAACUGGGAGCGCGAGUUCCAGAUGUGGGCGCCGGCGUUUUACGUUGUCACCUACACCGGGGACAAGGACAGCCGCGCCAUCAUCCGCGAGAACGAGUUCUCCUUCGAUGACAACGCCAUGAAGGGCGGCAAGAAGGCCUUCAAGAUGAAGCGCGAGGCUCAGGUGAAGUUCCACGUGCUCCUCACGUCCUACGAGCUCAUCACCAUCGACCAGGCCGCGCUGGGCUCCAUCCGCUGGGCCUGCCUGGUGGUGGACGAGGCCCACCGCCUCAAAAACAACCAGUCCAAGUUUUUCCGGGUGCUCAACGGGUACAAGAUCGAGCACAAGCUGCUGCUGACGGGGACACCACUGCAGAACAACCUGGAGGAGCUGUUCCACCUGCUCAACUUCCUGACACCCGAGCGCUUCAACAACCUGGAGGGCUUCCUGGAGGAGUUCGCCGACAUCUCCAAGGAGGACCAGAUCAAGAAGCUCCACGACCUGCUGGGUCCCCACAUGCUGCGGCGCCUCAAGGCCGACGUCUUCAAGAACAUGCCGGCCAAGACGGAGCUGAUCGUGCGCGUGGAGCUCAGCCCCAUGCAGAAGAAGUACUACAAGUACAUCCUGACCAGGAACUUUGAGGCGCUGAACUCGCGGGGUGGUGGGAACCAGGUGUCCCUGCUCAACAUCAUGAUGGACCUCAAGAAGUGCUGCAACCACCCCUACCUGUUCCCCGUGGCCGCCAUGGAGUCCCCGAAGCUGCCGAGCGGUGCCUACGAGGGCGGGGCGCUCAUCAAGGCCUCGGGGAAGCUGCUGCUGCUGCAGAAGAUGCUGCGCAAGCUGAAGGAGCAGAACCACCGGGUGCUCAUCUUCUCCCAGAUGACGAAGAUGCUGGACCUGCUGGAGGAUUUCCUGGACUUCGAGGGUUACAAGUACGAGAGGAUCGACGGCGGCAUCACCGGGGCCCUGCGGCAGGAGGCCAUCGACCGCUUCAACGCGCCGGGGGCGCAGCAGUUCUGUUUCCUGUUGUCGACGCGGGCCGGGGGCCUCGGCAUCAACCUGGCAACAGCCGACACGGUGGUGAUCUUCGACUCGGACUGGAACCCCCACAACGACAUCCAGGCCUUCAGCCGCGCCCACCGCAUCGGCCAGGCCAACAAGGUGAUGAUUUACCGCUUUGUGACGCGGGCGUCGGUGGAGGAGAGGAUCACGCAGGUGGCCAAGCGCAAGAUGAUGCUGACGCACCUGGUGGUGCGCCCGGGGCUGGGCUCCAAGGCCGGCUCCAUGUCCAAGCAGGAGCUGGACGACAUCCUCAAGUUCGGCACCGAGGAGCUCUUCAAGGACGAGAACGAGGGGGACAACAAGGAGGAGGACAGCAGCGUCAUCCACUACGACAACGAGGCCAUCGCGCGGCUGCUGGACCGGAACCAGGACGCCACCGACGACGCCGACGUGCAGAACAUGAACGAGUACCUGAGCUCCUUCAAGGUGGCCCAGUACGUCGUCAGGGAGGAGGACAAGAUCGAGGAGAUCGAGCGCGAGAUCAUCAAGCAGGAGGAGAACGUGGACCCCGACUAUUGGGAGAAGCUCCUGCGGCACCACUACGAGCAGCAGCAGGAGGACCUGGCCAGGAACCUGGGCAAGGGCAAGCGCGUCCGCAAACAGGUCAACUACAACGACGCCGCCCAGGAGGACCAAGAUAACCAGUCCGAGUACUCGGUGGGAUCCGAGGAGGAGGACGAGGACUUCGACGAGCGGCCGGAGGGCCGCCGUCAGUCCAAGCGGCAGCUGCGGAACGAGAAGGACAAACCCCUCCCCCCACUGCUGGCCCGGGUGGGCGGCAACAUCGAGGUGCUGGGGUUCAACACGAGGCAGCGCAAGGCUUUCCUCAACGCCGUCAUGCGCUGGGGGAUGCCCCCCCAGGACGCCUUCACCUCCCAGUGGCUCGUGAGGGACCUGCGGGGCAAGAGCGAGAAGGAGUUCAAGGCCUACGUGUCCCUGUUCAUGCGGCACCUGUGCGAGCCGGGCGCCGACGGCUCCGAGACCUUCGCGGACGGCGUCCCCCGGGAGGGGCUGUCCCGGCAACAGGUGCUGACCCGCAUCGGGGUCAUGUCACUCGUCAAGAAAAAGGUGCAGGAGUUCGAGCACAUCAACGGGCGCUGGUCCCUGCCCGAGCUGGCCCCGGAGCCCAGCGCCGACUCCAAGCGCUCAUCCCGCGCCUCCUCCCCCGCCAAGACCGGACCCCCCAGCCCCGAACAGAGCGGCCCCCCCAGCCCCCAGCCCCCCACGCCAGCCACGCCGGUGCCCAGCGAGCGCGGGGACGGGCCGGGGCCACCCCCGGACAGGGACGACGGUGACAGCCGGGACGAGAAGGAACAACCCAAAGCGCCCGAGAAGAUGGAGACAGACGCCGCCGUCCCCGAGGCGCCGCCGUCCCCCGGCGAUGGCAGCGAGGCCGAGGGGCCCCGGAAGGGGGAGGAGGAGGAGGGGCCCGGCCACAGAGACCCCGAGGCCGAAGGAGCCCCGGCCCGCGAGGAGCGGCCAGGUGCCGAGGCCGAGAAGGGGGCGGGGCCGGACAAAGGGGAGGAGAAAAUCCCGGAGGAGGAGCCCAAGGAGCGCCCAGGGGACCCCGACCCCAAAAGAGAGGAGCUCCGCGAGCCCCGCCCGGAGCCGAGGCCCAACGGGCGCAGGGACGAGAAACCGCGGUUCAUGUUCAACAUCGCCGACGGUGGAUUCACAGAGCUGCACACGCUGUGGCAGAACGAGGAGCGCGCCGCCAUCUCCUCGGGGAAGCUCAACGAGAUCUGGCACCGGCGCCACGACUACUGGCUGCUGGCCGGCAUCGUCCUCCACGGCUACGCGCGCUGGACCGACAUCCAGAACGACGGCGCCUUCGGGGUCAUCAACGAACCCUUCAAGGGCGAAGCCUCCAAGGGGAACUUCCUGGAGAUGAAAAACAAAUUCCUGGCGCGGCGCUUCAAGCUGCUGGAGCAGGCUCUGGUGAUCGAGGAGCAGCUGCGCCGCGCCGCCUACCUGAACAUGACGCAGGACCCGAGCCACCCGGCCAUGGCCCUCAACACGCGCUUCGCCGAGGUCGAGUGCCUGGCCGAGAGCCACCAGCACCUGUCCAAGGAGUCGCUGGCGGGCAACAAACCCGCCAACGCCGUCCUGCACAAGGUGCUGAACCAGCUGGAGGAGCUGCUGAGCGACAUGAAGGCCGACGUGACGCGGCUGCCGGCGACGCUCUCGCGCAUCCCCCCCAUCGCCGCCCGCCUGCAGAUGUCGGAGCGCAGCAUCCUCAGCCGGCUGGCCAGCAAGGGCACCGAGAGCCACCCCCCGCCCAGUUUCCCGCCAGGACCCUACGCCACCCCCCCGAGUUUCGGGGGCGCUUUCGGGACCCCCCCGGCCGGAGCCCUCCCCCCCCCCGGGGGAGCCAACUACAGCCAGAUGCCCCCGGGCUCCUUCAUCUCCGAGAUGGGCGCUGGAGGACUGAGCGUCACUUCCGGUCCGGCGAACGCAACCAUAGAGAUGGGCGCUGGAGGACUGAGCGUCACUUCCGGUCCGGCGAACGCAACCAUAGAGAUGGGCGCUGGAGGACUGGGCGCCACUUCCGGUGCAGUGGGCUUAACCAUAGAGAGCCCACCGGAGGACUGA